AUGGAUGUUGGGACAGAGAGUUGGAUUGAACGGUGUCUCAAUGAAAGUGAAAACAAACGCUAUUCCAAUCACACCUCUCUGGGGAGCGUUUCUAAUGAUGAAAAUGAGGAAAAAGAAAAUAAUAGAGCAUCGAAACCACACUCAACUCCCGCUACUCUGCAAUGGCUGGAGGAGAACUACGAGAUUGCGGAAGGUGUUUGCAUUCCUCGCAGUGCUCUCUACAUGCAUUACUUGGACUUCUGUGAGAAAAAUGACACGCAACCUGUUAAUGCCGCCAGCUUUGGAAAGAUAAUAAGGCAACAGUUUCCACAGCUAACAACGAGAAGACUUGGAACCAGAGGCCAAUCGAAGUACCAUUAUUAUGGAAUUGCAGUGAAAGAAAACUCACAGUAUUACGACGUGAUGUAUUCUAAAAAAGGAGCAGCCUGGGUCAAUGAAACUGGAAAAAAAGAAGUGACCAAACAGACAGUGGCAUAUUCACCACGAUCCAAACUGGGAACGUUACUGCCAGAGUUUCCAAAUGUCAAAGAUCUAAAUCUGCCAGCCAGUCUGCCAGAGGAGAAGGUUUCUACCUUUAUUAUGAUGUAUAGAACUCACUGUCAGAGGAUACUAGACACUGUAAUAAGAGCAAACUUUGAUGAGGUUCAAAGUUUUCUUCUGCACUUUUGGCAAGGGAUGCCUCCUCAUAUGCUGCCCGUACUGGGUUCUUCAACUGUAGUAAAUAUAGUCGGAGUUUGUGACUCAAUUUUAUACAAAGCAAUUUCUGGAGUUUUGAUGCCAACAGUACUGCAAGCACUACCUGACAGUUUGACACAGGUGAUCAGAAAGUUUGCAAAGCAACUGGAUGAGUGGCUAAAAGUAGCUCUCCAUGACUUGCCAGAAAACCUACGAAAUAUAAAAUUUGAAUUGUCCAGAAGAUUCUCACAAAUACUCCGGCGACAGACGUCACUAAAUCAUCUCUGCCAAGCAUCAAGAACGGUGAUCCACAGUGCAGACAUCACUUUUCAAAUGCUAGAGGACUGGAGGAACGUGGAUCUGAAUAGCAUUACCAAACAAACCCUCUAUACUAUGGAGGACUCACGGGAGGAGCACAGAAAACUCAUCAUACAAUUGUAUCAGGAGUUUGAUCACCUUCUGGAGGAGCAGUCCCCCAUUGAGUCAUACAUUGAGUGGCUGGAUUCCAUGGUGGACAGAUGUGUUGUAAAGGUAGCUGCCAAGAGACCAGGCUCUUUGAAGAAAGUAGCUCAGCAGUUCCUCCUGAUGUGGUCCUGUUUUGGCACUCGAGUGAUUCGGGACAUGACUUUGCACAGUGCACCCAGCUUUGGGUCUUUUCACCUUAUUCACUUGAUGUUUGAUGACUACGUAUUGUACCUGCUAGAAUCACUCCAUUGUCAAGAGAGAGCUAAUGAGCUAAUGAGGGCAAUGAAAGGAGAAGGAAGCACAGCAGAAAUACGAGAAGAAAUUAUCCUGAGCGAACCAGCUCCUCCAACUCCCUCCCCAGUGCCGUUCUCCCCAGCUAAAUCGGCCACCUCAGUGGAAGUGCCCUCUGCCCCAUCACCUGUCAGCAACCAGUCCCCAGAGUACGGCGGCAUAGCAGCUACAACAGGGGCUAUGCAAUCCUACACGUGGUCACUCACCUACACUGUGACAACAGCUGCUGGGUCUCCUGCUGAAAAUUCCCAACAGCUGCCCUGCAUGAGAAGUCCACACGUACCAUCAUCAUCUGUCACACAUCGGAUACCUGUUUAUCCCCACAGAGAAGAACAUGGAUACACAGGAAGUUACAACUACGGUAGCUAUAGCAAUCAGCACCCCCAUCCAAUGCAGAGUCAAUAUCCAUCUUUACCACAUGAUACUGCCAUUUCUGGACCACUUCAUUACUCUGCUUACCACAGAAGCUCUUCACAGUACCCUUUCAACAGCCCGACAUCAAGAAUGGAGCCCUGUUUGAUGAGCAGUACUCCAAGGCUGCAUCCCACACCAGUGACUCCUCGCUGGCCGGAGGUGCCGGCUGCAAACUCCUGCUACACGAGCCCCCCCAUGCACUCCACCAGAUACGGCAAUUCCAGUGACAUGUACACCCCUCUGACUACACGCAGAAAUUCUGAAUAUGAGCACAUGCAACACUUUCCCGGCUUCGCCUACAUCAAUGGGGAAGCCACCACAGGCUGGGCUAAAUGAAAAUGACUGGUGUCAGUGAAGCCCGUAUACUUAAAAGAGUUAUACAAACUUGAUAUUAUGUGGGAAUUUACGUGGACGUUCCUGAAGGGUGGUGAAGAUGGAAAAGAUCCUGGGAAGAUAAAUGUAGUUCAUAACGUGGGCAGAUUGCAGACCAGUGUGACUGAAUGUUCCUGUAGCCGAAAAGCAUUUCUGUGCUAUUUUAGACAUCUUUUUAGGCCAAUCUGUGCCUUUUCUAAUUCCGGCAUGUGGGCCAACCCUGUGUGAUGUCGAUGUCAGUGAGCCAUUCCCCCCCCUCUUAUUGACAAACAUUAACGAGUCUUACAAAGUACUGGAACAGAAUAUAUUUAUGAUUUGUGUUAAAGACAGGAAAUUCACUCUCAGCAGAACUCUGACAUCUGUUCUUCUUUUAAGCUUUCAGUGCAUUCCUUAAAAACAAUUCUGCCAAGUCAUCAUUUGUUUGCAUCACUUCUUCUACCUGGCUCCUUAAAAGACAUGUGUUGUGUAGAUUUCAGUUUACAACCUAACUUUGUGUAUUGAUGCACCUUUCUGUUGAUCCAGUAACUUUACAAAAGAGAAGAAAACACAUGUAGCAUUGAAUUAUACACUGCCUUAAUUUGACUAUUAUUGUAUAUGUAUUUGUGUUAAGUUUGCACAAUCUGGAAAAAAAAAUCUAACUUCUCUGGUCAGUAAUGACAACAUUAAGAAUGGACUUGGGGACUGGGAAGAUAUUGGAUUCAGAGCCACAUAUGUUAAAUGUGAUGAUAUGAAGCAAUUAUGUAAAAAAGACAAUGCAAACACAAAUAUUCAUUUGAUUACCUGUUGACAGAUAUGAAAAUAUUCCCUCAAUUCCUUCAUGUGGUGAUAACUUCUACAAAAGCAAAAUUCAAAGCUGUGCCUUUGAACUUAUUCUGUACUGUGUAUGUGUGGAAAAAUGUAUUGUAUUUUGGGGAGAACUUUUCUUAGACAUUUUCUGUCGGAUUUGUAGCUAUUUGUGAGUUUUUGUUAGAUUUUAUUAACAUAGCUUUUUCUUCUGUAUUAUAAAAUGCACCAAGCAACUGUGGUGGACUUAUUACCCUAUGGGUAAGAAAUAAAUAAAUGGAGAUAUGACAUCAGACAUUUUAGCAAUUGUUUUGUAAAUAAAAUCUUUGAUAGCACUCAGUCUGAUAAUAACCACAUUUAUGCCUAAAAUGGACAUAAGUGUUUGUACAGUUGUGCAAGAUAUAUGAGGGAUUUUCAUGCUCAAAUAAAGUUCUUGAAAUUGAAUAGAUACCAUUUUAAUUUACUUAAUACAGAAGCUGCAACCCUUCAAAAAAUCCUACGAGUGACAAUGUAUUUUUUUAUCCAGCAAACGACUUGUGAACAUGUAUAACCAACUGCAAGUGAGCAGUCCUCCACCUGUGCUUCCAGCUACAGGCCACUCCAUUCUGUUUGCCAGUUGAUGACUUUAUAUUUUUUGGUUCAUAUCCUGUUACUGUUGCUCACCUAAGUCCGGAUAUCCACCCAAGCAGGUAAGAUAUGC